AUUUUGUAUUUAAGUUCUAUUCAAUAAUAAUUCUUUAUGGCGCAAGUGGCUAAUAGAUAAUAUUAUUAUAUAGCUCAGAUUAGUUCUAUUCUAUAGAACCCAUUAUUUAUAAAUUAUAUGGCUGAGCUAUUUAAUGUCAAACAAAUAUGAGUGAUUCUUAUUUUUUUUUGGUUCAAAGAAUGUUUGCAAAAUGAUUUUAAUCAUAUGAUUUGUCACUGAAUUAUAUCAUCUACGAACCAUCACCGGAGGCUACUUAUUGCUUGAACACCAUUUGUUAUUGCAGUUUCCUUUCCAAAAUGUUUAAAUUCAAUACGUCUAAUAAACACACUACUAACAACCAAACUGAUAAGGAUCUUAAGGAAGAAGGUAAUCGCUUGUUCAGUUACAAACAGUAUGAAAAGGCUAUUGAAUGCUACAACAAAGCAAUUAUAAAAAAUCCUGUUGUUCCUAUAUACUUCACCAAUAGAGCUUUAUGUUUCUUGAAAUUAAAACAAUGGGACAAGGCAUGUACAGAUUGUCGACGUGCUUUGGAAAUGGACUUCAGUUUCAUAAAAGGUUGUUUUUUCUUGGGUAUUGCACUUAUUGAGUUGGGAAGUUAUGAUGAAGCCAUAAAACAAUUACAAAGAGCACAUAAUUUAACAAAAGAAAAAAAAGUCAACUAUGGUGAUGACAUUACAAGCCAACUUAGAAGAGCUCGUAGACUGAAAUGGGAGAAACAAGAAGAAGUGAGACAGAAUCAAGAAAUAGAACUUUUGUCGUACCUGAGAAAACUUAUGGAUGAUGAUAUGGCUCGUAAAGUCAAUGAAAUUAAAAAACCAUCAGAUAAUGAAACCGAAAUUGAAGAUUACGAUAACGGUGUUAUGGAAAUUAAAAAUCAAAGUGAGAAAUAUGCUGCUGAACUGCAUACUAUAUUUUCUAAGAAUGACGACAGACGGAAGAAACGUGAAGUACCAGACUAUUUGUGUGGAAACAUAAGUUAUGAUAUUCUACGAGAUCCUGUUAUCACUCCAAGUGGUAUAACUUAUGAUCGCAAGGAUCUAGAAGAACACUUAAUGAAAGUUGGUCAUUUUGAUCCGGUUUCACGGCAGCAUUUAACUGUUGAUCAACUCAUUCCAAAUUUGGCUUUAAAAGAAGCGGUCGAAGCAUUUGUAAUGGAAAAUGAAUGGGUAAAUUAUUAUUGCACUUUGUAA